AGCCAGAACAGCCUGCCCGGCACAUCUGGAAAUGGUUUCAGGGGCCUCUUUGCCAGGUUCCCAUAGCAGCUGCGCACACGGGUAGAAGAAACCUGACCCUAUCCAAAGUCUACGCAAGCCAAGGAGCGGGUGGAGCAGAAACACUCUCCUGGAAACGUCAUAUUGGCCUAGCCCUUUGGGAUUUCCAAGUAGAUCUUUAGAAGCGGCAGAAGCAGACUGAAGGGCCACAGCCCUGGCCAGCCAGGAUUUGAACGCCUGCCCUGCUGCUCCUCUGGACCACCAGCCCUGCCCUCAUCAUUCACCAGGUCACAGUGCUUAUCCAAGAACACACAUGGCUCUGCUGCGCAGAAUCAACCAGGUCCUGCUCUUCCUUCUGGUUGUGACCCUCUGCAUGAUUCUGUACAAGAAAGUUCACAAGGGGGCUGUGCUCAAGAACGAAGCUGGGAUGCUCCUGGGCACUCUUUCGAUGUUUCCAGAUGAUGGCUCCGAGACUCCUGAAGAAUUAGACGAGGAGAUCCCCGUGGUGAUCUGUGCUGCGGCAGGGAGAAUGGGUGCCGCCAUGGCUGCCAUCAACAGCAUCUACAGCAACACGGAUGCCAAUGUCUUAUUCUAUGUGGUCGGACUCAGAAACACUCUGUCUCGAAUACGAAAAUGGAUCGAACAUUCUAAGCUGAGAGAAAUCAACUUUAAAAUCGUGGAAUUCAACCCGAUGGUCCUCAAAGGGAAGAUCAGACCCGACUCGUCAAGGCCUGAAUUGCUCCAGCCUCUGAACUUUGUCCGAUUCUAUCUCCCUCUGCUUAUCCAGCAACACGAGAAAGUCAUCUAUGUGGAUGAUGAUGUCAUUGUACAAGGUGACAUCCAAGAACUGUACGACACCACCUUGACGAUGGGCCAUGCAGCUGCUUUUUCCAGUGACUGUGACUUGCCCACCGCUCAGGACCUAACCAAACUGGUGGGGCUGCAGAACACAUACAUGGGCUAUCUGGAUUACCGGAAGAAGUCCAUCAAAGACCUUGGCAUUAGCCCCAGCACCUGCUCUUUCAAUCCUGGUGUGAUCGUUGCCAACAUGACGGAAUGGAAGCACCAGCGCAUCACCAAGCAACUGGAGAAAUGGAUGCAAAAAAAUGUGGAGGAAAACCUCUACAGCAGCUCCCUGGGUGGAGGGGUGGCCACCUCGCCACUGCUGAUUGUGUUCCAUGAGAAAUACUCCGCCCUCAACCCUCUGUGGCACAUUCGGCACCUGGGCUGGAGUCCAGAUGCCAGAUACUCAGAGCACUUUCUGCAGGCAGCGAAAUUACUUCACUGGAACGGAAGGUAUAAACCCUGGGACUUCCCAAGUGUUCACACUGACUUCUGGGAAAGCUGGUUUGUUCCUGAUCCUGCAGGGGUAUUUAAACUCCAUCGCCACAAUAGCUGAACUUGACAUUUCAAAAGCUUUCUGUAUAAAAAUGUGGGACUGACCAGUUGUGCCCAUUUGAACAUUAUACUUCUGAACACAACUUUGAUACAUAGAGCCCAUUUUAGGAAACCAAGAGAAAAAAAACACUGUAUACAAAUUGUAACAAUACAAUCUUACAGGAAAACCAAGUUAACAUAUUAAGGAGAUAAAUUAUAGAAAACAAGAACUCCUAUAAACUCAUGUGUAGGCAGAUAAAUGGAUACAACUCACUUGGGAGCAAUAGGCCAUGUAACCCCACGUUUUCAGUAUUUUCUGUAUCAAAAUGUGUAAUUGCCUAUGUGUACCCACGAUGGCACGCUCCUUUAUCAGCAGUACUUGGUGCAUGCUAGAAAAUAACAAUAAAGAAACUAUUUUGUGUAAAGUAUACAGGCAUCGGUUUAUUUAGGUAAAUUGAAGUGGUUCAACGUUAUGGAGAUAAAGAUUACGUGAAUGCAAUAAAUCGUUGGACAGAAAUACUUGAAUCUAUUAGCAAUCAGUUGGCUUAACCCUGAAGGGCAAUUAGAUUCACAAAAUUAAAAACUUUUCUAAUGAAAUA